AUGCAUCUUUGCUUGGUUGGGAGCAGAAGGAUACCGUUGGAUCUCUUGAUCCUGCUGAAAAAGGUAUGCAUCUCCUACUAUCCGUCAUUGACGGCCUGGCUUCAUCCUUUCAAUGUGGCAGCUCACACUGCCGCCGUCAAUAACGCACGCAGUGCACCAUCCCCAUCCAUUGUGGCCAAUAGCGUCACCGAGUUCGAGCGUGCACAGGAGGAUCACCCCAUAUACAAUGGACGGCCCGUAACUCAUCGAGCCUCACCGAUUGCACUUUACAAUGAUGCCUUUGCUCGGCUCACAGACAAAGAUAUAUUGCACAACCUGUCAGUGGCAGAUUCAGACAACGUGCGCGCACCCACGACGGCAAAGCUGUUUCUCGCCGCAACGGACAUAUACGACACGGAGAAGGAGCGCGAGACGGCUAUUUUUGACUAUAUUGAGUAUCUCUUAGAAGUUAAGCUCGAGCGUCAUGUCAAGAUGACUACAGCUGAGCAUUCAGAUGAAAGGGAUGCUUUUGCACGAGUACCUCUAGGUAACUCCACCUUUGGCGAGAAGAAGGGUGUCUUUUUGUGCGUCCAGGUCAAGAACGAACUGGGCAUGGGUGGAAACGGCGGACUUCAAGGUGCUCUGACUUCGAUGCUGACUAAUGCGCAGUAUCGGGAGAUACGAAAUGCAUCGUGCUGCCCUUGCAUCAUUCUAUCCAUCGUGGGUCCAUACAUCUGCUUCUUCGGUGCAGUUCUGGUCGACAUCUUCAUCGUUCAGCCUCUGACGGAUUACAUCUAUUUGGGUGGCGAUCCUUUCAUGAACGACCGGAUCUUUCAUGUAGCCAAUCUUUUGGGUGUGCUUGCGGAUGCGGUGAAGAAUCUGAGGAACUACUACCGUCUUCUGUCGCCGAACAACAAACCUCAACGUGCUCGCCUGUUUCCUAAUCCUACGUAUAUUGAGAAGCACGAACACCCAGUGGGACCAUUGCACUUUAUCAAACGGUUCAAUGACGGAGAAAACAAUUACCGCCGAUCCCUUUUCCACGCCAAGUUGGAUGGCAAGCCCGUGCUGGUCAAGUUCUGCGAGGAGUACAAUGGGCAUGCUCACCGCCACCUCGCUGCUAUAGGGCUCGCACCAAAGCUACACUUUUGCUCCAAGAUAUGCGGACGCGUCACCACGGUCAUUAUGGAUUUUGUCGAGGGUGAAGAUGCACAUUCCAAAUAUGGGGAGAAGGCUCUGCCUCUGAACGUCUUGGACGAUGUGAAACGUGCAGUGAAUGAAUUGCACAUCGAGAAGGCUGGCCAUGCGGUGAACACAAAGUCUGGUCAGGAAGAAGUAGCAGGAGUCAGUAUCGGUGCCUUGUUGGUCGACUUCGACUUGGCUGGGGUUGACGGUCAGGCCCGGUACCCGGCAUUGCUCAACGAAGAAAUUGACUGGGUAGAUGGUGUUGCACCGAUGGCAGUCAUGAGUAAAGAGCAUGACUUGGGCAUGCUGAAGAAGCUUGGCCAAAGGGGAGGGCCUGAGCUGCCAGGGCAGUCGUCUCCGCAAAGUUAG